CAGUCGACUGUGGCGACCGCCGGCGGCCACUGAGUGAAGCCUACCCUAACGAAGUCGUUUCAGCAUCGCCCUCCUUGCUUUAAGAUUGUUCCCCAUGAGUGUCGGCUACUCUCAAAACGGGCGCUGCUGGACAUAGACCAAGAGCUAGUGAGAGAUGCGCCGACUCCUGCAGGGCUCAGAAAUACAACUGCACGGCAGAGCCGACACAACGACAAUGCAACCGCCACGAGAAGCAGCAUCCAUAACAAGCUGCUGUGGGUCCGUAGGGGGCCAAGCUGUCAUCGCAUCCUCUCCGCAAAGUCCGAGCAAAGUCGUCAUACAUAUACGCCCACAAUGCGUUCGUGCCACAUGGGAGGCACCCCGUAUGUGUCUCAAGGCUGCUUUUUCUCGCAAAAAAGUAACCUUGAGACGCAGGCGGGGUGCCUGCAGUGCAGAGGUGUUGAGGGAAGUGGAUGAGAAGUAGGAGGAAGAUGACUUGGGCUUAUAAGCGUGACCUGUGUGCCACAUAUGUACGUCAAUACGUCUGGCCUGGCUUCUAUUGAUUCAGCCAGGGCAUUGUGCUGGGGACGCGUGCCGGUCUCCCAGGCAAUUUGUGAUACACGG